CUAAAUAACUCGAUUCAAACAGACUUACUGAUAUUUAUGUUGUGCGAAAUUAUAAAAAUGGAAGAACACGUUAACGAAUCAAUGAACAAAUCCGAUGUAACGUUUGAUAAUCUUAUAAUUCUAAAGGAAUUCAGUAAUAUUGUAAAUCAUGUGAGCGAUGAGGAGUUUCUUGAAACGGUGCCUAAAGCAAAAAUGAAGCGAGUAAAAUGGGUGCCAAUGUUCAACUGCUUGAAACAAGGAAUUCUGGAUGAAAUGAUACAGGAAAUGAAUGCUAUGUGGGCCUCAGAAAACUUACCACAAAAGUUGGAAAUCUUACAGAAACAGCAAGCGAAAUAUAGUCACAUAGAUUCAAACACAACAUUAUGGAGGCCUCAACUGGGUGAUGUCAGAAGCCAAUUGAAAGCUCAUGAUGUUACAAACUUACAAAAACAAAAGAAAGUGCUGGAAGGCCUAGCAAAAGAGUAUGAAGCCAGAGUCAGCAGACUAAAAAAGAUUCUUUCUGCCAAGCGAGGAUACAUCAAAGCAUUGAAAAUGGAUGUUGCCAAAUAUCAGAAGAAGAAUGAAAGCACUGUUUCUAAAAUCAGUGAAAGACUUGAGAGCCAUGAGCAGCAAAUUAAGAUAAUUAUACCUACCAAGCCAGAUCUUGAGAUAAACUGGGCAGAUGUGGACCAUGAUGAGGAAAUUGAAAAUGCAUGACCAUUUUAUUGGAAUAAAAUUUAUAUUUCAGAAAAUUGUACACAUCUGAGAAAAAGUACAGUGAAUUUUAAUAAUAA